AUGUUGCCUCUUCGGCGGCUGACCUCGACUUCGCGACGUACUAUGUUGACCUUUGCCAAAAAGUCGCUCUGGCAGGUGCCGCCUACCGCGGAGCCUCCAAUUCCCCAGCAGGAACUUGUUGACGAGGAGCUCUGUCCAACAAAUCCUGGGGAAGUACUGGCAGAGAGGUUUCAGCUACUCGUCAAAAUCGGAUGGGGAUCACAAUCUACUGUAUGGCUCGCCAGAGACAUUUCAAGAUUUAAAUGGCAACAUGAGCGAACAGUGGCUCUCAAAAUAAUUAACAGUAACAGUGCCGAUGAUGCUCGGCAUGAAAAGGAAAUUGAAAGCCAUAUCGCGCAGCAAAAUCCAGGACACCGGGGCCGCGUGAUUCUACGUACAUGUCUGGAUGAUGUCGAAGUAACUGGCCCUGACGGGAGGCAUAUAUGUCUUGUGUACGAACCGAUGAGAGAGCCUAUCUGGAUUCUACAGAGGCGUUUUGUUGAUCGCAGGAUUCCCUUGCUCAUUGCGAAGGCCUAUAUCUACUUCCUCCUUUCUGGUCUUGAUUAUCUUCACUCAGAGUGCAAAGUUGUCCACAGUGACUUGAAGCUGAGUAAUAUCCUCAUGAGCUUCGAAAACGAAAGCAUUCUUACCAACUUCAUAAAACGGCAACAAAAAAUGCAAUGCAAGAUUGACGGCAAGGGUGGUCGGACUAUCUACCGCUGCCAUAAUGACUUCGGUGCUCUUGACGGGCGAGAUAUCAAGAAUCUGGUUCCCAAAAUAGCAGAUUUCGGACUCGCAACAAGACUUGACAAGCCGGAUUCUCGAGAUGGAGUGGUAGGAAAGCAACUUGGCAUUUAUCCCAUCCAACCAGACUUCUACCGUGCUCCAGAGGUGAUCCUUGGUUGCGGUUGGGAUUUCAAGGCGGAUAUUUGGAACUUCGGUGUUUUGGUCACACCUCGCGGACAUGAUUGCUCUACUUGCCCCCCCCCCCCCCCCCCCCCCAAGGCAUUGCUCGCGAGAUCAAAGACUAUGUCGGACCAGAACUGGCCUCAGCCUGUUGUGAACGACUCUGGCAAACUGUGCAAUAAUGCUCAGGAAUUCUUUGGUGGUCCUUUCUUUGAUGCAGAAGGUGAAUUCCGCCAUAACGAGUUGAUUCCGUCUCGAAGCUUAGAGAAUACAAUCCCAUUCCUCCAACGGGAAGAUAAAGAGGCAUUUUUAUCCUUUGUUCGGCAAAUGCUCACUUGGCUCCCGGAGGAGAGGAAGACAGCUCGUGAACUGAUGGAUCAUCGGUUCCUCAAACUUGGAGGUUGA